AUGUCGCUUUCUGUUUCUAGUGUUGAUCCAAAGAAAGUGCAUGAUUUUGUUGAAGAUUACAUGAUGUUCAUAAGAUUGUUCAUGACAAUUUGGUUCGAGCCAACUCCAAGUACAAGUGUGUGGAUAAAAUCAGUUCACUGUGAAAUAAUCACAUCUCAAGGUUUUUCUCAAAUUUCGUUCAUAUUCAUACGUAAUCAUCCCUCGCUGACGCAGACUCGCAGAUAUAUUAUGGCACAACCAAUCGCUAGAAUUCCGAUUGAUUCAUCAGCUCGCUUAAAACCUUGUGAAGAUCUACUGAACGGAACCAGAAAAGAGUAUAUUGCAAUCGCUAUCCCUCUAUAUGAAGCAUCCAUUAAAGGUGAUUGGAAAGCUGCUAAAGCCAUUCUUGAUAAAAGGCCAGAGUUAGUAAGGUAUAGUAUCACUGGAAAUAAUGAAACAGCACUUCAUGUUGCUGCAUCGGCAAAAAGCACCAAACAGGUUAAAGAGUUCGUGGAACAUCUGGUGGGUUGCAUGGAAACGACAGACCUGGAACUUGAAAAUAACAGUUCCAACACUGCACUCUGUUUAGCAGCUGCAGCUGGGAAUCUUAAAAUGGUUAAGAUUAUGCUGACAAAAAACAGAGCCUUAGUAUCAGUUACUGGUAGUCAACAAAUGACCCCACUUUAUAUGGCUGCCUUGUUUUCACAUUAUGAGGUGGUGAAGUAUCUGUACAAAAAUUCCCAAAAGUUGCAUGAUGAUUGUUGGACAGCUCAAAAUCGUGGUUGGCUUCUUCAGAAAUGUGUUGAGAAUGAUAUGUUUGAUAUCGCACUAGAGAUACUUCAGGAGCACCAAGAACUUAGUAGUAGUGGGAUUGUACUUGCUGUUUUGGCUCGAAAGACGGAUGUAUUUGCUGAAACAGAAUCUAAUAUCAUCAUGAGAACCAUCAACUGGGUCAUUCGUCCAAAGAUGCAAGCUCUUGAAAAGGAAAGCAAAGCUAACGCAUUGCAGAUACUAAAAACCAUUUGGCAUAAUAUUGCUGAGAAACCUAGGAAUGAAAUUGAUGCCAUACUGAGAGGCCCUCCUGAUCCUCCCGUUAAGCGAGAUGAAAAGUUAGCUUCUGACAAGGAAGAUCAAACUCUGCAACUACUGAAACUCAUUUCAGAUAAUAUUGUCAAAAUACCUGUUGAACUCCAUAACAUAAUCACAGGGCCUGCAGCUACAACUUUGGAAGAUCCGUAUGUACCCCGACCAAAACAAAAGUACUCUUCUAGAGUACUAUUUGUUGCCACAGAGGUGGGCAAUACUAGAUUCGUAGUUGAGCUUAUCCGUCUAUAUCCUGAUCUAGUAUGGAAAAUAAAUGACAACAAUCAAAGUAUAUUCCACGUUGCUGCAAGACAUCGUCAUGUGGAUAUCUACAACCUAUUGCAUAAGAUAGGCUCAAAUAAGGAUAUGAUAACCCCUCUCAAAGAUGAGAAUGACGAUAAUAUGUUGCAUUUAGUUGCGAGGAGUGUGGAGAGAAAGCGACUUGAGGAUGUGUCCGGAGGUGCUUUUCAGAUGCAACGCGAACUAUUAUGGUUCAAGGAAGUAGAGCAGAUGAUCCCACCUUCUUAUCGGGAACGAAAGAACAAAGAUGGACUAACACCACGCGAGUUAUUCACCAAGGAGCACCAAGAUCUAGUUGUAAAAGCUUUUACAGUUCCAGGUGGAUACAAUCAGACAGAUGGUAUCCCAUUCUUCAACCGAAACACAAGCUUUUUGAUUUUCGUGGUGGCAGAUGCCAUAUCUUUGUUCUCAUCAUCAGCUUCAAUACUCACCUUCUUAUCCAUCCUCACUUCUCGUUAUGCGGAGUAUGAUUUCUUGGAAUCAUUACCUAGAAAACUGAUGUUGGGUCUAGCAACACUUUACCUCUCAAUAACAACCAUGAUGAUUGCUUUUAGUGUUACCUUCUUUGUGCUAUACCGUAAUGAUCUUAAAUGGAUACCAAUCCUUGUUACUGUGAUUGCUACCAUGCCGGUCCUUCUGUUUGCUGCACUGCAAUAUCGUCUCUUAAAAGACGUAAUUCACUCGACAUAUGGUUCUAGCUACCUCUUUCGGCCGAAGAAACGUGUUCUCUAUUAA